GUCAUCAAACUGCGACAUAUGAAACAAGCGCCACAUUUUUUGCUGCGGCAAAACAUUUCCAUCGCUACAAGCUUACAGCCACAGUUUACCACAUUUGGGGCGAACAUCAGGACAAACGUUAAUGCACUAUGAGUUUAUUUGGGGCAAACACCGGGUUUGGAGCCGGAGGGACCGGUGUCUUCGGAAACACAACAACAGACAGCCACAACCCCAUGAAGGAUGUUGAAGUGACUUCUCCUCCAGAUGACAGCAUCAGCUGUCUGGCUUUCAGUCCCCCCACCAUGCCAGGAAAUUUCCUGAUCGGAGGAUCCUGGGCCAAUGAUGUCCGGUGCUGGGAGGUGCAGGACAAUGGACAGACUGUCCCCAAAGCCCAGCAGAUGCACACAGGUCCAGUGCUGGAUGCCUGUUGGAGCGAUGAUGGGAGUAAAGUCUUUACUGCUUCCUGUGACAAAACAGCCAAGAUGUGGGAUCUUAACAGCAAUCAAGCGAUGCAGAUUGCCCAGCAUGACGGUCCGAUCAAAGCGAUCCACUGGAUAAAAGCCCCAAACUACAGCUGUAUCAUGACUGGCAGUUGGGACAAAACACUGAAGUUCUGGGACACCCGCUCUCCCAAUCCCAUGAUGUCUCUGCAGAUGCCAGAGAGAUGCUACUGUGCAGAUGUUGUAUACCCCAUGGCGGUCGUUGCCACAGCUGAGAGAGGCCUGAUAGUGUACCAGCUGGAGAACCAGCCCUCUGAGUUUCGCAGAAUAGACUCUCCUCUCAAACAUCAGCAUCGCUGUGUUGCCAUAUUCAAGGACAAGCAGAACAAACCCACAGGCUUUGCACUGGGAAGCAUUGAGGGCCGAGUGGCCAUCCAUUAUAUCAACCCUCCAAACCCAGCCAAAGACAAUUUCACCUUUAAGUGCCACAGGUCCAAUGGAACCAACACAACCACUCCGCAGGACAUCUAUGCUGUGAAUGCUAUCUCCUUCCAUCCUGUCCAUGGCACCCUGGCUACUGUGGGCUCAGACGGGCGCUUCAGCUUCUGGGACAAAGACGCCCGCACCAAGUUGAAGACAUCAGAGCAGCUCGACCAGCCCAUCACAGCCUGCUGCUUCAACAACAAUGGCAACAUCUUUGCAUAUGCUUCCAGUUACGACUGGUCAAAGGGCCAUGAGUACUACAACCCCCAGAAAAAGAACUACAUCUUCUUGAGGAAUGCUGCAGAGGAGCUGAAGCCUCGGAACAAGAAAUGAUUCGUCGUGCCAAGUCGCAUCUCCCGUGAGGAAAUUGCGGAAGACCUGCUGCUUUAGUGUGUGUAUAUGCUCAAGACAGACUCCUUCCUUUUGGCAAACACCUGGACCAAUGCCGUGGUGUGUACUGUACAUGGACCAAUCAGACGGGCCUACCCAACCUGGUGUUGAUGACAGCUGCGUGGCAAUUGGUCUCAUAGAGGUCCUCAUAGAAGGGGAGGGAUUUAUUUGUCAUUCAUCUUGAUGUUUCGAUUUUUUUAAUGUGUCAAGUCUUAUUUUUUUUUUUUACAGCUUUCCAAAGACUUUUCAUUCUCUUAUGACUUGCUGUUACUCCAUGGUUCGGCUCCAUUAAUGAAACUGAGAUGUAAAAUAAAUAAGUGCAUACUAUUAGAUUUGAACAUGUUUAUUCCAAGCUGAGGGGGUAAUUGGGUUAAAACAUUACCUACUGUGUUGGCUGUAUAGAUGUGGUGGAUUCACAGAACUGUAUUGUGCAUGCGAAACCAUGACUUUGACCACUAUCUCAUAUUUUCGAUGUAAAUCUUUGGAAUCCUUACAAAAUCAAAAUGAUAAACUUUGGACAACAUCUGUAUCACUA